AUGGAUGAUUCGGAAGGCGACUAUGAGAAAGGAAAAAGGCUUUACAAAUUGCGUUGCUUGCAUUGUCAUACUAUCAACACAACAGCUGAAAAACAGGGUCCUACGCUGAACGGAAUAAUGGGCAGAACUAGCGGUACUUUACCCGGGUACACAUAUUCAGACGCAAAUAAGAAUAAGUCCAUUUUUAUUCUCGCAGCAAGGUCCGUAAGCGUGGACGACAGCGCACGCACUGUUGCGAAAUAUCGUUCUCGACCGUGGCUUAUCAAAUUUUGUUAUCUAAACGAUAACGUUGUUUGGACGAGAGAAACUAUGGACGAGUACUUGAAAAAUCCAAAAAAGUUCAUGCCUGGAACGAAAAUGAUAUACAAUGGCUUGAAGAAAGCUGAGGAUCGUGCUGAUCUCAUCAAAUACAUAGAAGUUGAGAGUGCUAAGCCAAUACAAUAA